AGCGUGGUCGCCCUCCGCAGCCAAUCACCGCGUCUUGUCUCCCAAUUCUAGUUGCUCACUUCUCACCUCUUUUCCCUCUCCUUUCGAGUGAAGACGAAAAGUUCUAGGGCUUCGAGUUUCAAUUCCGUUCGAUGGCUUCUCAUCCCCAUCUCGACGACGAUGAUGAUUUCGGUGGUGACUUUCCGGGGCCCCAAUCGACCAGGCGCUCAGGUAACAAGAGAAGCUUUGGUGAUCUUGAGGAUGAGGAAGACGAUAUUUUUGGCCCUAAAAAGGGGGUUGUAAAAGUAGAAGAAACUGCGCCUGGCGUGGCAACUGGGAUGAUUUUAUCUCUUCGUGAGAGCCUCCAGAAUUGUAAGGAUACCCUUGCAACAUACCAAACGGAGCUUGAAGCUGCGAAGGCUGAGAUUCAAAAUUGGCACUCUACAUUUGAGAAUGAGUCCUUCAUACCUGCAGGAACAUCUCCUGAACCUAAACUGGUAGUCAGUUUUCUUCAGAGUCUGAAAUCCUCAGAGGAGUCGUUGAGAGAGCAGCUAGAAAAAGCAAAAAAGAAGGAAGCCGCAUUUAUUGUAACAUUUGCAAAACGGGAGCAGGAGAUAGCAGAACUGAAGUCUGCUGUACGAGACUUGAGAGCCCAACUUAAGCCACCAUCAAUGCAGGCAAGGAGGUUGUUACUAGAUCCAGCAAUUCAUGAAGAGUUCACACGUUUAAAGAGUUUGGUGGAGGAGAAGGACAAGAAAAUAAAGGACUUGCAGGAUAAUGAUGCUGCUGUUAAUUUUACCCCACAAAGCAAAAUGGGGAAGAUGUUAAUGGCUAAAUGUAGGACCCUGCAGGAGGAAAACGAGGAGAUCGGAAACCAAGCUAACGAAGGAAAGAUUCACGAGUUAGGAAUGAAACUUGCUCUUCAAAAAUCUCAGAAUGCUGAACUCAGAAGUCAAUUUGAAGGAUUGUAUAAGCUUAUGGAGGGACAAACAAAUGAUGUUGAAAAAUCAAAUGAAAUGGUGCUCAUCUUGCAAGAUAAAAUAGAAGAGAAGGAUGCUGAGAUCGGAAGGUUGAAUCACGAGUUGCAGCAGAGGAGCGUAAUAAUGGAGGAGGAGAAAACUGAGGAGGUUUCUGAUAAGAAAGAUGGUGAUGAGGGGAUGCAAUGUGUUGAAGCAGAAAUAGAGAUUUAGUAGAUUUUGCCCAUCAUUAUGGAUUUCCCAACCCCGCAAACCACCACCCCCCCCCCCCGUCCAUUUUUUUCAUGCUCUCCUUGUCUGUAUGUUGUACAUUAAUUGUGGAUUUUUUUUAUUGAUUUUAAACUUUCUUUUAAUUGACCAAUAAAUUAUGAGAAUUCAUCGGCUUGAAACUGCCAA